AUGAGCAUUUUCGCUUUUCGAUCGAGCACUUCGAUUCGAGCUGUUGAUGAACACGCCAACCAUACGGUUUGGCUCAAGCUGAGCAGGCAGAGCUCCCGAGAAGGAGCAGCUGAACCCGCAGAGGCCCCUCGACGUGCACAUCGAGAAGAUCGAAAGAAGCCACAGCUGGAGGAAACGGCGGAUCAAAAGUUGGACCGGCUGCUCAAGGAGCAAAGGGCAGCUCGGGCCUCGUCACUUCCCGCUGAAGAUGAUCUUGCUGUUCGACGCUUGGCUAUGCACCCUACGGCUGAGGGAGGUGAACCUCAGGGAGAAGAAGAGAGGGAAGUGUGGCACUUCAACCUGGACAUCAUGGAGGGCAUCACGAUGCGUCAGCUGGCCAGCUGGCCGGGGCUGGAGGUUCUGACCUACCUCAAGGACCAGGUUCGGGACUACCUCAUCAACCAGGUGGCGGAUUCUUUGGUGGGCAAGGUUCUUUGGCUGGAACUCCACAUCAACCUGGAGCUCCGCAUGGUGAUCCACGAAUGGGCACGCCUGCAAGCACAAGGACCUGGAGAUGUUGAGAAACUUCGUACCCAGAUCCUCAAAGAGGCGGAGGAGAAGUUCGCUCGUGAAGUCAAACGCAUAACUGAUGGAGCAGGUGGUGGUGAUGCAUCGUCGUAUGCUUCCGUAGCCAGUGGUGGAGUUGAUGGUCGUGGAACUGCAACACAUCCUGGACUACCACAUGCUGAUCCCUCAGGUGCAGGUGGCCCUCCCGGGUCAGGACCAGAUCCUCCCCCAGGCCUUCAUGGUGGACAACCUCAUGGUGAUGCUCGAACUCCACCGGCUCCGGUCGUUCCAGAGGCCGUGAGGGCUUUGGAUCUUCCUGCCCUCCCACUACCUUCAUCCGAAGGCGCGGCACUGCAGUUUGGGGAUUGGCUGACUGUGGCCUAUCCAUUGAUGGCGGAUUUGUCCUCUACCUCACAGUUUUGGUGGGAUGGAUGCCUUUCUGCCUCUCGUGAACUAUAUGAACAGUGGCUGGUGGCCACGCCCUUGGAGAGGUUGCGCCUGCGGCCAAAAGAUGUCACUGUGGAGUAUUCCAACCUGGAGGAGGAGCUGAACGCACAACGCGGUUCUCCGGCCAAGUCAACGCUGGAGGAGAAGCCCAAGAAUGACAUCGCCACAGACCUCAUCCAGGAAGCUGCAACGCUGCUCAAGACGCUUCGGUCCGUGAAGACGAUGCGCCUCAAGCAGAUCAGAGAAGAUCGUUGGUGCCUUCCUGAUUUGGACGAUGAUGAGCAGCGCUUGGCCCACGGCGACACUGCACUUUGCAUGAAGCAUCUUGGUCUUUGGCUACGUGCUCAAGAAUGCCGUCGUGUUCUCACGGAUGUUGGAAUGUUGCUGGAAUCUCCACGUGACCCAGCUGAAUACUUGAGCGAUGAAGAAGGAGCUCGAAGCGAGGUUGCCGAGCCCUAUGACACUCCAGACGACGUCAAGCACACCGAGGACCUGCCCUGUGAUCCCGAGGAGCGAGAGAUGCUCUCUGAUGAUGAAGUUCAGAGGCUCAAUGAGUUGGCCCAGAUUGAAGAGGCCCAAGAAGCUCCUGGACACCAAAACAUCACGUUCGCUGAGGUGAUCCCAGAUAGAACUGUGGAGUCUUUGGUCCGCGAUGACUCAAAGGCCAACGGCCGCAUCGAGGGAGAAGUGAACCAGAUCAAACGUCGGACUCGACUCCUUCUACAUGAUUCUGGACUACCUCAAUCCCUCUGGCCAACAGCCCUACGACAUGCUGCAGAAGGCCGUGUGCGCCUACAACUUGAAAGAUUGGGCCUGCCGAGCCCACCAAUGCUUCGCUAUGGAGCUUCAGUUUUGGUCAAGUCCAAACGAUGGCAUCGUGCUGGACAACUCUCAAUGCCCUACCGCACCAUGCAGCUCUUGGGACCAUGCCCAUACAUGUCACAUGGUUGGAUCGCCCGCGACAAGAAGGGGCAGCUGCUUCAUGUGCGGACGGCUUUGGAACCUUCGCCGGUGGCUGACCAGGCGAUCAUGGAUUUGCAGGAG